AUGCGCUUUCUGAGACACCGCAAGCAGCAAAACGCAAACGACGAUGUGGAGAAAGGGGCUCCUGAUACGGCUUCGCGAAGCAGCGGGGUAGAACAGAACGGUGCCAAGCCGAAUGGCCAAGAGUAUCAAGGCGAUGAGUAUGAGGAUUUGCUCAAGUUCGUUGAAAACGAGUCAGCUAAGCUCGAGAGUGGGCAUGAUGAAGAGGAAGAGGAUGACGACGGCCAGUGGGUGCGCGUGUGGUAUAUGCCCUGGAAGAAGGUGAAGAAGGGCGGGCAAAAGGAGAAAAAGAUACCUCCAGAAUGGUUGAAAACGGAUAUGUCUCAAGGACUUGGUGACGCCGAAGUGUCAAAGAGGCGCGAUGCGUUUGGCUUCAACGAACUCCAGAGCCCUCACGAAAACCAGAUAUUAAAGUUCUUGAGCUAUUUCCGGGGGCCCAUCCUGUAUGUCAUGGAGAUUGCUGUCGUCCUCGCUGCAGGUCUCCGCGACUGGAUUGACUUCGGUGUGAUUAUCGGCAUCCUCUUCUUGAACGCGUUUGUUGGCUGGUAUCAGGAAAAGCAGGCUGGUGACAUUGUUACUCAGCUCAAGAAGGGCAUUGCCAUGAAAGCGGUAGUCGUACGUAAUGGUAAGGAGUCCGAGCUUGAAGCUAGGGAACUCGUUCCUGGCGACAUAGUUGUUUUAGAGGAGGGCGGCACGAUACCUGCCGACGCCAAGAUCCUCGCAAACUAUGACGACAAAGACGGUUCAAAAGCACGCCAGCAGCUUCGCAAGAACUCGAAGAAAACCGCAGCAAACGGUUCCGACGACGACGACGACGAGGGGCACGUUAACAAAGGUCCUUCAGUAUGUUCCGUGGACCAGAGCGCAAUCACCGGGGAGUCGCUCGCGGUUGAUAAGUACCUUGGAGAUGUAGCGUACUAUACGUGUGGCAUCAAGCGGGGCAAGGUCUAUGCCGUAGUCUCCGCACCCGCGAAGGAAUCAUUCGUGGGCAAGACGGCUGCGCUUGUCACAGGCUCACAAGACCAAGGCCAUUUCCAGCAUGUCCUCGGCGGAAUCGGUGUUGUUCUUCUCGUCAUGGUCAUUGCAUUCAUCUUUGUCGUCUGGAUCGGCGGUUUCUUCCGGGGACUCGAUAUAGCUACGCCGACGCAGAACAAUUUGUUGGUCUACGCUCUGAUAUUCUUGAUCAUUGGUGUACCCGUCGGCUUACCGUGUGUGACCACUACGACGAUGGCUGUUGGAGCUGCUUACCUCGCGCGACACAAGGCGAUCGUCCAGAAAUUGACGGCAAUUGAAUCUCUCGCCGGGGUUGACAUGCUUUGCUCGGAUAAGACUGGCACAUUGACGGCAAAUAAGCUUUCUCUGAACGAGCCUUACGUCGCUCCCGACGUUGAUCCUAAUUGGUUCAUGGCAGUGGCUGUUUUGGCCUCGUCGCACAAUAUCAAGUCUCUCGAUCCUAUUGAUAGGGUGACGAUCCUCGGUCUCAAGGAGUUCCCAGGCGCACAAGACAUGCUUCGCGAGGGCUGGACAACGCACAAAUUUACACCUUUUGACCCCGUUUCCAAGCGCAUUACAGCUGAGGUAGAACGUGACGGCAAGAAAUAUACAUGUGCUAAGGGAGCCCCGAAUGCGAUCUUAAGGCUUCGCUCCUUUGACCCCGAAACAGUAGUAGAGUACGGUACGAAGAGCAACGAGUUUGCUUCACGCGGAUUUCGUAGUCUUGGCGUCGCUGCGAAGGAGGAGGGGAAAGACUGGGAGCUCCUCGGGCUCAUGGCCAUGUCUGAUCCCCCGCGUUCCGACACGGCUGCUACCAUCCGAGAGGCUGGCGAAUUAGGCAUCCACAUCAAGAUGUUGACCGGAGACGCCGUCGCAAUCGCUAAAGAAACUUGCAGGCAAUUAGCGCUGGGCACGAAUGUGUUCGACUCCUCACGUCUGAUGGGCGGUGGCUUGUCCGGCACGGAGGUAUAUGAUUUCGUCGAGGCUGCUGAUGGGUUCGCAGAGGUGUUCCCGGAGCACAAGUAUCAGGUCGUGGACAUGCUGCAGAAACGCGGGCAUCUGACGGCUAUGACUGGAGAUGGAGUUAAUGACGCUCCUUCCCUGAAGAAGGCCGACUGUGGCAUAGCUGUCCAAGGAGCUUCAGACGCAGCUCGCACUGCAGCGGACGUCGUCUUCCUUGACGAGGGACUGAGUACGAUUAUCACCAGCAUCAAAGUCGCGCGACAAAUCUUCCACCGUAUGAAGGCUUAUAUUGUUUACCGCAUCGCUCUCUGCAUACACCUUGAGGUCUACUUGAUGUUGGACAUGCUGAUUUUGAACGAAACCAUCCGCGUGGAUUUGAUUGUCUUCCUGGCGAUUUUUGCUGACGUCGCUACCAUUGCUAUCGCUUACGAUAACGCACCUCACGCGCGAAAGCCAGUAGAUUGGCAGCUCCCCAAGGUCUGGAUUAUAUCCACGACCAUGGGGCUACUCCUCGCAGCGGGAACCUGGAUCCUCCGCGGUACAUUGUUCCUUACUGAUGGGACUCAUGGUGGCAUCGUUCAGAACUUCGGCACUAUGCAAGAGAUCCUAUUUUUGGAGGUGGCACUUACGGAAUCCUGGGUUAUCUUCAUCACUCGGCUUGCUUCAGGUCCGGAUUCGGGCGGAUGGGAAUGGCCGUCUUUCCAACUGUUGGCGGCUGUUCUCGGAGUUGACGUCCUCGCUACGAUCUUUGCCCUGUUCGGUUGGAUCUCGGGCCCCGCUUAUCACAAUGGCUGGACGGACAUCGUUACUGUUGUUCGCGUUUGGCUCUUCUCUUUCGGUGUGAUCGUGGUGAUCACCAUGGUUUACUUGCUUAUGAACAAGUUCACAUGGCUGGAUAGCAUCGGUCGUCGCUCGCGUAGCAGGAAGGAUAAGGCGCUCGAAAACUUCCUCGUCGAGCUUCAGCGCAUGACCAUCGUGCAUGAGCGUGAGGGUGACGGUGAAACUUACCGUUUCGCCACUGCCAAAGAAUCAAAGAAGCAGUCAGAUGAGAAAGACAAGCAGGAACCAGCGAAAGAGAAGGAGCAGGGCAAGGGAGGUCGGAACCCUUCACCGUCGUCGUCCACGGGGCGUAAGGAGGGUAAGGAGAAUGCUAAGGAGACGCAAAUGACCACCGGAUCAAAUGAUGACAACGGAGAGCAGGCGAAAGGUGACGAUCAGGAAACCACUGGCAGCGCAUGA